AUGUCGCAUUAUAAAGAAUACGAGCGCAUACCGUUGGCCGACUCGACGCUCGACGACGAACGUUUCCAUGCUGAACAAGCGUAUGCGGAAGGCUACGCCGGCGGUAGCACCAAGGAAUCUCAAUCGAAAUUCCAAGAGGGGGAUACUCGGAUAUGGAGCCGGAUAGUGCGACCCGUGAGCCUUAUCCCGCUUUUCGCAGGCUUCGUCGGCGGCAUCCUCUGCACCCUCAUUCUUCGCUUCGUCUUCCCAUGCUACUCCAGCCCCUCGGACCUUCUCCACCAUUCUAUUACACCACCAUUUGAGCAUCCUAGCGUCGCCCGUCCACCGUCGUAUGCAGGGACAUUUUCUUUUCCCAAGGAUAUUGGCGCGACAGAGGUACACGAGUACCCACCAGCGUCGCCGACAAAUCAGAAGCCAGAGCAUUUCCCGACCGAGAUAGGGUACCCCGGUCCAACGGCUACGGGUGCGGAGCCUGGUUUGGUCAUGACGGCUGGAGCGGGCUUGUAUCCGUCGUGGAAAGGAACAGACGGUCUCGUCGGUGCGCCAACGUGGGAUAAGCACUCGUCUUCGUCGGACGAGUUUCCAAGUUGGAUUGAAGAAGCCGACGAGAUAUCCGGCAAGGGCAAGCCACCCAAGGAAAAAUUCAACAUUUUCCACAACUGGGGAAACCUUUCGCCAUUCUACUCUGUUCCGAGAUCCUCGUUUGGAAUCGAGUCUGGACCAGAGGUGCCGUAUGGUUGCGAGCUGAAGGGUGCGCAUAUUCUUCAUCGACAUGGAGCGCGAUAUCCUACUACGUGGUUCGGAUACGGGUCCCCCAGUGCCUUUGCCUCGCGCCUCCAUGCUGCCGCUGAGAAUUCGACAACUCCACUCAAAGCCACUGGUGCACUCGAGUUUCUCAACACGUGGACAUACAAACUCGGUGGAGAAGUUCUGACGCCGUUUGGACGACAGCAGCUGUUCGAUCUCGGAGUCAGUAUGCGCAUGAAGUAUGGUAGCUUGCUCGAGGGCUUCAAGAACCGUCUUCCCGUGUUCAGAACAGAGUCGCAGGAUCGUAUGCUGGCGAGUGCGACCAACUUUGCUCUUGGCUUCUUUGGAUGGCCUUUGGAGAACAAACUAUUGCUUAGUGUCACCGUGGAAGAGAAUGGGUACAACAACACUCUUGCGCCAUACAAGACGUGUCCCAAUGACAAUAAUCCAACCAUUGGCGGACGUGGAUACUACUACGUUGAGAAGUGGACUCAUGUCUACCUUGAGGAGGCGCGGCAUCGAAUUCAAAAGAUGCUACAUGGAUACCCUCUUGGAAUAGAAGAUAUCUAUACUAUGCAGAUGAUGUGUCCUUACGAGGUGCACCGUCGCACUUGGGUACUCAAGUUUUGCGAGCUCUUUACCGAAGAAGAGUGGGAGGGAUUCGAAUAUGCGCUUGACCUCUACUUUUGGUACGAUUCUGGAUUCGGCAGUCCCGUCGCACGCGCCCUGGGAUCGGGCUAUGUGCUCGAAAUGCUCUCACGACUCACGCAAACGCCCAUUUCGGGGCACUCUUCGCCAAUCUCCGACCCAUCUAAAUUGUUCAGCGUAAACACAACGCUCGAUUCGGAUAGCCUGAUGUUCCCACUCGACCAACCGCUCUAUGUCGACGCGACACACGAGGUGGUGAUUGUAAACAUCUUGACGGCGCUGAACGUGACGGUGCUCGCAGAGGACGGUCCGCCUGGGUAUACGAAGAUGAAGCGUGGGCGACGAUGGAUUACGAGCCGUAUAGCGCCGUUUGCGUCAAAUGUUCAAGUUCAACUUCUCCAAUGCUCUGCAAACGAGUUGAAAGACGACACUCAAGUCCGAAUCAUUCUCAACGAUGGCGUCGUCGCGCUCACGGGUAUCGAAGGGUGUCCAGAGCAAAAGGAUGGCAUGUGCCCUCAGGAGACGUUUAUCAAGUCGCAGAAGAAGUUGGUCGAGGGGAGUGAUUGGGAGUGGGCGUGCCAUGGCAAUUGGAGCGUUCCGGAGGGGGAUAGGUGGAGGACGAUGACGGGAGAUCCACCUUCCAAAGAUUAG